AUGAGUGGCCAAAGCUACAAUAUGUACAAUGCUGUCUAUGUCGUGGUGCAUGCUCUGCAGUCUAUGCAUUCUUCUAAAUACAAGCAACGAAAUUGGGUGAAAUUGGAGAAGCAGAAGUUUCAGGAUCUACAACCAUGGCAGACACACCCUAUUUCUUUGUGUAAUGAUCAUUGCCAGAGAGGCUAUAGGAAGACCAAGAAGGAAGGGAAGCCAUUUUGUUGUUAUGAUUGCCUUCUAUGUCCAGAAGGGAAAAUUUCUGCUGAAAAGGAUACAGCUGACUGUUCUCCAUGUCCAGGAGAUCAAUACCCAAAUCACAACAAAAAUUCCUGCAUUCCAAAAGUUGUAACAUUCUUAUCAUAUGAAGACUCACUGGGAAUCAGUCUGGCUGUUUGUGCACUUUUUUUUGCUUUCAUCACAUCUUAUGUGCUCAGGAUCUUCAUACAAUACAGGGAUACUCCUAUCGUCAAAGCCAACAACAGGAACCUCACCUACAUUAUCCUCAUUUCCCUUCUACUUUCUUUCCUUUGUGUCUUAUUAUUUAUUGGGAGACCAAAUAAAUUUGUAUGUCUUCUUCGACAACCAGCUUUUGGCAUUAUCUUCUCAGUGGCAGUUUCUUGUUUGUUGGCCAAAACCAUUGUGGUUGUCUUAGCAUUUAUGGCUACCAAGCCUGGAUCCAAAAUGAGAAAUUGGGUGGGGAAGAAAAUGGUGAGCUCCAUUGUACUUUCCUGUACUCUUGUUCAAGCCAUCAUUUGUGCUUCGUGGCUGAUGACAUUCCCACCAUACCCAGAUUAUGAUAAACAUUCAGUGUCUCAGGAAAUUGUAUUAGAAUGCAAUGAAGGAUCGGUGACUAUGUUUUACUGUGUUUUGGGUUUUAUGGGCUUUUUGGCCAUUGUUAGCUUCUCUGCAGCUUUUCUAGCCAGGAAAUUACCAGACAGCUUCAAUGAAGCCAAAUUCAUCACCUUCAGCAUGUUUGUCUUCUGCAGUGUUUGGUUGUCCUUUGUUCCAAGCUACUUGAGUACCAAAGGAAAAUAUAUGUUGGCUGUGGAGAUCUUCGCCAUCCUAUCUUCCAGUGCUGGCUUACUUGGUUGUAUCUUUGUCCCCAAGUGUUUUAUCAUCUUGUUCAGACCUGAUCUAAACAGCAAGCAUUUGCUCAUGAUGAGAUAA